AUUCAACACUCCAAUCCAAACCUCAUAAUUUGCACACAGAAUUGAUUCUUCUCAAAGUCAAUUCGUAUUCUCACUGUUGCUCAAUACAUUACCACAAUUUCAAUCAAUAAUUCAAUACUAAUUCUGCUUCUCAUUCUCUCAAAUUAGCAAACUGUAUGUAUUUGUCAAAUCAAAAAUCAAAAUCAUCUUCUCUAGUCAAUCUUCACCACCCAUUUUCUCUUGCUUCUGAUUCUUUCCUUCUUUUCUUCUUUGGUUGCAAAUUUGGAACCUUUCUUGAACACACCCAAAAGGGUCAUUGGAUUUGCCUAAUUUGCUUGACACAUUCGGGUUCUGCAUUCUGAUCCAUGCGGUUUUUGGCUUUCAUUCAAUCUCAAUUGGAGUUGUUGAGCUGAUUAGGAAUUUUCCCAGAAGAGAAAAACUUGGAAGCUGAAAAUGACGACAGGGGGUCUUCCACCUAAGCCAGAGAAGACAAAAUCAAGGAGGAACAAGGCUGUUGUUGAUGAGAAUGCACCUUUGAUUCCCAAGACUCAGGAAAAUGAUGAUGCUGGGUAUGAUGAUUUUAAUGGAGCUUCAUUUUCUGGGGCUGUUUUCAACUUGUCGACCACAAUCAUUGGUGCUGGGAUCAUGGGUUUGCCUGCAUGUGUGAAAAAGUUGGGGAUGGUGCCUGGUCUUCUUGCUAUAAUCUUAACAGCAUUCUUGACAGACAAGUCAAUUGAGUUCAUGAUUAGGUUUUCCAGGGCAGGGAACAUUUCUUCUUAUGGAAAUCUCAUGCGAGACGCGUUUGGGAAAUUCGGGAAAGCUCUGUCGGAGAUAAGUGUUGUAAUCAAUAACAUCGGCGUGCUGAUUGUUUACAUGAUUAUUAUUGGUGAUGUGAUUUCUGGAACAUCUUCAGGUGGAACUCACCAUUCUGGUGUCCUUGAAGGAUGGUUUGGGGUCCAUUGGUGGACUGGGCGUGCAUUUGUUCUUGUUGUUGUAACAUUAGCUGUGUUUGCACCUUUGGUCAGCUUUAAGCGAAUUGAUUCAUUGAGAUUCACGUCUGCGUUAUCAGUUGGACUAGCAAUUGUUUUUCUUGUCAUUGCUGUGGGAAUCUCAAUUAUCAAGAUUAUAAGUGGAGGCCUUGAGAUGCCCAAACUUUUUCCAAUCAUUACUGAUGCAGCGUCAGUUUUUGAACUAUUCACCGUAGUUCCUGUGCUAGUGACUGCUUUUAUCUGCCACUACAAUGUUCACAGCAUAGAUAAUGAACUUGAAAACUCAUCACAAAUGCAUGGGGUUGUACGUACUUCCCUUGCUCUAUGCUCCUCGGUGUACUUACUGACAAGCUUCUUUGGGUUCCUCCUAUUUGGUGACGGAACACUUGACGACGUGCUUGCCAAUUUUGAUACUGAUCUUGGAAUUCCUUUUGGUUCUGUGCUCAAUGACGCUGUUCGUUUUAGCUAUGCUGCACAUCUUGUGCUUGUGUUUCCAGUAGUCUUCUAUGCAGUGCGGGUCAACAUAGAUGGUCUCUUAUUUUCUUCAUCAAGGCCUUUGGCUCUAGAUAACUUUAGAUUUGCAUCAAUCACUAGUACCCUUGUCGCCAUUAUCUUCCUGGGAGCAAAUUUCAUACCCAGCAUUUGGGAUAUUUUCCAGUUCACUGGAGCAACAGCUGCUGUUUGUGUAGGAUUCAUAUUUCCAGCUGCCAUCACUCUUAGGGAUCGACACAACAUUGCAACUAGAACAGACAAGAUUCUAUCUGUCUUUAUGAUAAUCCUGGCAGUAUUGUCAAACGCUGUGGCUAUAUACAGUGAUGCCUAUGCCAUGACCAAGAAGAAAAAAGCUUAGUGUAAAGAUUUGUUGAAACUUUCUUUUAUAGCCUACCCACAAAUUAAAGGGACAGAAUUUGCAGGGUUAUUGACCACGAAUAAAAUCAGGGUCUAUUGAGCGGCUCUGAUGGGUUGAUUAUAAUAUAAACAAGGGGGUGCAAUGUGUACAAAUAUUCUUCUGAAGUCUGUGAAGGCCUGCUACAUCUUCAACCUUUGUAAAUAUGCUCUUUGCUAUUGUUUGUAAUUGUAGAGGUUCUUGGUUGUGCCUCUAUUUCCUAUGCUCCAUCUCCCUCAUAAGUCAUAUAUAUAAGAGAAGUACAUGUUGUUAGUGGUUAAGGGACUCAAGGAUCGCCAUAUGGAUUGUGAUUGUGAGAGAAUGGUUUAGUUCAAGCAGGGAAGGCAAAACAACAACUUGAAGGAUCUGCUUUUGUUCCUGUUUUUAUUUUAGAUUGAAAACUUGUUAUUUGUUGAUAGUUUGUGCUCUAAAUUUCUCCAGAAAUAGAACUUUCUGGAAACUUAAUUGCAUUGUUCAAAUCUUAUGUAAUUAAAUAUUUUUUUCAGAUAAAUGUUUGAUAGAAACAUAUUACAGCAA